CGGUGCCGCCCCGGAACGCCGCGCGCCGCCCGCGUUUCCCGCGGAGCCGUUCGGUGCCGCACACGGCGGAAGGAGCGACGCCGCCGCAGGGGGACCUCGAGCCGCUCCGGGACGGCGGGACGCGGCCAUGGGGAAGCGGCAGCACCAGAAGGACAAAAUGUACAUCACGUGUGCCGAGUACACGCAGUUCUACGGCGGCAAGAAGGCGGACCACCCCCGAACCAAUUUCAGGCCGAUAUCGUUUGAUCACUGCAGUUUGUCUCUGCAGCCAUUUGAAUACCCAGUUUGCACACCGGAUGGGAUGGUCUUUGACAUACUAAGCAUUGUUCCUUGGAUAAAGAAGUAUGGAACCAACCCAAUCACAGGAGAAAAACUAGAUGCCAAAUCCCUUAUAAAGCUGAAUUUUGCUAAGAACAGUGAAGGUAAAUACCACUGUCCGGUGCUGUUCACUGUAUUCACCAAUAACUCCCAUAUUGUGGCCAUCAAGACAACGGGAAAUGUGUUUGCCUACGAGGCAGUUGAGCAGCUGAACAUAAAACCAAAGUGCUACAAGGAUCUCUUGACAGAUGAGCCCUUCACCCGGCAAGACAUCGUGACACUGCAGGAUCCAACAAACCUGGAUAAAUUCAAUGUCUCUAACUUCUUUCAUGUUAAGAACAACAUAAAAGUGGUUGAUCCAGAUGAAGAAAAAGCAAAGUUGGAUCCAUCUUACUACUUGAAAAAUACAAAUACAGAGACCCGAGAGACUUUACUGGAGCUUUAUAAGGAAUUCAAAGGUGAUGAGAUUCUAGCAGCCACUAUGAAGGCUCCUGAAAAGAAGAAAGUGGAUAAGCUGAAUGCAGCUCAUUAUUCUACUGGAGCAGUAAGUGCUUCCUUCACGUCCACUGCAAUGGUACCUGAAACUACCCAUGAAGCAGCUGCUAUUGAAGAUGAUGUUGUAAGAUACCAGUAUGUGAAGAAGAAGGGCUAUGUACGACUUCACACUAACAAAGGAGACUUAAAUUUGGAGCUGCACUGUGACAUGACACCUCGAACCUGUGAAAAUUUUAUCAAAUUGUGCAAAAAGAACUAUUACGAUGGGACAAUUUUUCACAGGUCAAUUCGUAAUUUUGUGAUUCAAGGAGGUGAUCCAACUGGAACAGGAACAGGAGGAGAAUCUUAUUGGGGAAAACCAUUUAAAGAUGAAUUCAAGCCCAACUUGUCCCAUACAGGGCGUGGUAUUCUUAGUAUGGCCAAUUCAGGACCUAACACAAACAAAUCGCAGUUCUUUAUCACAUUCCGCUCUUGUGCUUAUUUGGACAAGAAGCAUACAGUGUUUGGAAGAGUGGUUGGUGGCUUUGAGACUCUGACUGCUAUGGAGAACGUGGAAAGUGACCCGAAGACAGACCGUCCCAAGGAGGAAAUACGAAUCCAGGCAACAACCGUUUUUGUUGACCCGUAUGAGGAGGCAGACGCACAGGUUGCUGCAGAAAGAGAGAAAGUUCAGCUGGAAGAAGAAGCAGCCAAAACAAAAGCUGAGGUGGUCCCACUGACGAAAGAUGUUCAGACUCCUAAAACUUACCGUCAGGGGAUUGGAAAAUACAUCAACAUGGCUGCAGCGAAGCGCAGCAUGGAAGAUGACGGGCCCUCAACAAGCACAGCUGCAAAGAAAGAGAAAAAGAGCGCAGGCUUUGGGGACUUCAGCUCCUGGUAGCGGUGCGGAGAGCCGAGCAUUGGAGCUGCACAGCAAGAAAGAAGAGGAGGCCUCCCACGUGUCCCUGAAGAGCCCGAAAGACAAUCUGUCCUGGGGAGAGGGAAGGCACCAGCAUUCACCGUGGAAGAAAACUGUUGCUUUGUUAAGGCUGGUUAAUGUGGCUUUGUUUUCUGGAGAUCUGCGUUCCCCCAACUGCAUCUUUCUCGAAGGCCUUUUUGUUGUUGUUCAGCUGAGCAGGGAGCCGGCAGCACAGCUCUGCUGGGGAUUAGCUGGAGCCUUUCUCUGCGUAGCCAGCAGCAGCUCAGGCAGAGCCCAGCCUUGCAGGACGCUGCCUCAGUAACAGCCGCACUGUGAAAGAGCUUCAUUUACAGGUAAUCAUUUCCAGGCACGCCGGGUCUGCCAGAUGGACUGGUGUGCUGGGAAGUGCCCGAGCUGCUGGAAGGCUCUGCAGAGGAAAGAGGGCUGCAGGCUGUCCUGCCUCUCCUUUCCAGCUGCCUUUUGUGUGUUCUCAGUAAGGACUAAUUCCAUCUUUUCCUCUUGCCUCCUGGCUGGACUGACUGCUGUCAGUCUCCACAGGGCCUCGCUUACUCUGAAAUGAGCUGUGUCUGCACCCAUGUGAUCUCUCGCAGCCCGGAAAGCAGUAAGGCUGAGCAGGGAGCAGUGUGCCUGCUGCAGCAGCACUGCGUGUUCCUCUGGCAGCUGGCCUCGUUGGAGCCCCUGGGCAGCUGUGGGCUGGGCUGCCUCGCCUCAGAGCUGCCCUCUGGGUCCAGAACUGACAGCCUGGAGCAGUUGAGUGGGAACAGAAACAGCAUCACAGCAUUUUUUUAGCCAUCCCCUAGGGCUGCUCCUUGCAUUGGCAUCUCAAAUAUUUCCUUACAUAGCCACACUGUUAGGAUGCUUACAAAAGGCCUUGCUGAGUGCAGAAAUGCCAGCCUGGGAAAUGUAACCUGUGUUACUGUGACUUACAGGUGGUGCAGUAGAUCCUGAACAGGACUUUUCAGUUCACCUCGGGUGUUUUCAGAGCACAGCAGUACCCUCCCCUGCCUGGCUGAGGAGGUGGUUUUGUAGUUAUCUUUGUAACCAGUGCAUUGAUAUCAGUGGUUUAAGAGCUUAAAGUCUCCAUUUAUAGGAAAUUGCUGUAAAAUAUUUUUGGUAACAAGUUUUGCAAUUAAAUGCUUUUAUUUUCUUUUGGAUACUUGUGUUUGACCCUCAGCUGUGAUUUCCAGGAUCACAGCAUCACGGCAUCGAUUGUUGUGCAAGGAAAUGAUUCAUUCCUAUGUUUUAUGAUGCUUGUGAGGAACUCGGGGAUCUUUGCGGAUAUGAUUCCAUCCUUGUUAAGCUAUAGGAAGUUGACAUUCAUUUAAAGAAUAGCAGGGGUUUUCUGCAGCGUUUUGCAGGGUACGAAGGCAGAUGCAAUUCCUGGAGCUGUGUGGUGCUUUCCUGCAGCUGAGCUGCUGGUGCUGGACUGCAGCUUGCUGCUUCUCCUGGGCUGGCCUCUGCCCCACAGGGAUAUCCAUCCCUUUUAUGUACCAUCUGCUUCAGUGCAUUUUAAAGUUGCAAAAUUCAGUGUUGCUGGAGCUGUUGCAGUUUAAUGAACUCCGUAAGAGUAAAUGGUUUUCCAUAAUAGAUUAGAAUGGAGAUUAUUAUGAAAGAAAGGAGCUUUUGAUUACAAGGAAGUGGUGAGGUGAGGACUGCUGCCCUGCUGAGGCUGUGCCGCAGGUGCUACAAAGACGGGCUGCAAAAAGAAGUGCUCACUUUCCUGUUCUGCUGGAGGUUUCUGACAGAAGUCUGUGAUCGCUGUGAGCUGCUGGCCUUGCACUGCCCACUUCAUUACAGUUUCCCACUGUUGCCAACAGCCAGGAGCAGCCACCACUUCCUGCAUUCCAGGAAGGCAGAGCAACCUUGGAGCUUUGCUCUAAGCAGUGGGAAGCUCCCCAGCUCAGGGCUCUGCUCUCCCAGCUGCUCCUGCCCCCACUCCUGCCCUCGCUGGCUGUUGGCUCUGCCCACCCCUGGGGCUGCAGUGUGGGCCAGCGUGGGGCACUGCAGCCCUGGGGCUCUGUUCUGGCCCCCACCUCCCUGCUCCCUCUGUCACCUGGAUGUAAGCAUAGCUGGUCAGUUUGUUUAGUUUUGUUUUUUACUUCAGCUUUUCUACUGAUUGGCAAAACUGCAGGGACGAAGAGACAAAGCUCUCCUUAAAAGUACAAGUCAGAAUGUUUGGCCGGACAGGCAGGACACGAGGUGGUGUGCAGGGCAGGGCAGUGAAGCCCUCGUGCUCACGGCUCACUGCAGGGCCAUUUGCAGAGCCUCCACUACCUGAGCUGAGAAAGAGCAGAGGCUUCUCUGAGCCUUUCCUGCCCUGCAACUCCCGGGGUUCUGCAGCCAGGACCGUGCUGCAGGGGGCACCUGCCCCAGUCCUUGCUGUGUCCAAGAGACAGGCAGGAAUUGGGCAGCCUUAGUGCAGAACUCCACUGCUGGAUGCUGCUGUGCUGUUUGCAAGCAGAUUUUUGCUCUCUUUGCUUUUGAUGCGUGUGUAGUCAGUGCUCUUAGAAGAGAGAAAAGUGAGAUUUUAGCAUGGCUUUUGUCAGCGCUCCCACCUUCUUAGCACUGUUUGCUUAGGAGAAGGAUAACGAGAGCCGUGGGCUGAGCAGGAAGGAGACUGGCAGCUGCUGGCCAGUGGCUUUUUGGCAUGGCUGGGAUUUUUUGUUUCCACUUUCUUUGUAAAUCAGAUUUAUUGCAGUGGGGGAUUGAUCGGGCUGUGGGGCAGGGGCCAGAGGUGAGGCUGGGGCAGCAGCCACUGUAUUCCAUACGGUGCUGGGAUGCCUACAGCAACCAUAGGGAUCCUGGUGCUGUGCGGGGCGGCUGAAUCUUCCCUUUCACACAAAAGAAGGCUCAUGAGCACUCACAGCAGCUGGAGCUGGCAGCAUGCAGCUUCAUGGCUCCUGAAAAGCAGCCACAGUGCGCUUGGAACACAGAGCCAGCUGUCGUCAGCCCUUCCCCCUGGAAAGCCUCCCAAGGUCUCACUUUUCUGAUAGUAGAUAUGUUCUCUAAUCUUCGGCCUCCAUUUAUUAAUGGUUAAUUAUAUCUAUUUGCUUUUCUGCCAGCAUUGUCCCUUAGCUCACAUGGCUGCAUUCCCUCCCAGAUGCUUGCUUCCCUGCACUAUUUAUAGGUGGGAUUGGGUCCCCUCUCUGCUGCUGUGCUUGGCUGCCUGUGCUGCGUGCCUCCCGCCCUGCCUGUGCUCCGGGAGCUUUGUGCUGGAUUCGGAGAGCAGUGAGGUGGCUCCGUCCUGCGCUGUGGAUCCCAUGGGAUGAAGUUUCUGUGUGCAGUAUCCCCAUGUGUGGGAGCCCCAUGCACGCUCAGCAGGGCUGGGGUUGCUGCUGGUCUCCAGGAAGCACAGCCCUCUGCUAAUGGUGCUGUUGCUUCAUUUUGCCAAUCUCCACAUCCCCAGGUGGAGGCAUUCUGGGGCAGUGCGAGUGGCUUCCUAGCAGCCCACCAAGGGAGCAGCUGUGUGAUUUCUGUCUGUGCUUUCAUCCUGUGAUGAAAGAGAUGAUAGAAAACAUUUGUUUUGACCACAAGAGCAACGGACCCCCAAGGAGGCUGCCUCCCCUGUGCUGCUGGCAGCAAAUCUUCAAGAUAAUAAAGUGCCAGCAGGCAGAAAAUACCAAAUGCAUCCAGGCCUCCAAGCAACUGCAAAGCAUAUCUUUCUCCCUAGACUUUGGCACGUGCUGCACUUUGGCCAGAGGCUCCAGCACCAAAGCCUGGUGCUGCACAGGUGAGGUGCCAGCAGAGCUGUGGGGCACGGCCGGAGCUGCACGAUGGCCCCAUGCAUCAGGCUGCUGCAUGGCUGCAGCUGGGGGAUCUGCAAAAGCACUUGGGUUUUUCUAUGAAAAUGGCCAAAUAUUUUAUUGCAGACAUCUUCUCUGCAGAUCCCAGCCAGGCUUUUAAUAGAUGGGUUCCUCGCCAGCGGCAACUGCAAAUUGAUUGCAGCAGAAGGGCAAGUGAAGACAAAUAUAGAGCCGGCUGCCUACAGGGAGCGCGCAGAAGGAACUUCGGAUGCUAUUUUUGGUGCUUCAUCUCCAACUGCUUACAGUAUUUCUGGUCUUUGCUUUUCCUUAAGAACACAUUUUGGGUUGGGAUUUUUCUUUGUCUGUGUGUGUGUGUGUAGGAGAAAACCCUCCAUGCUCCACAGAAGGCUUUUUCAGCUUUUCCACGCUCCGUGGCCCUGGCCUAAGGAGUAAAGUGAGGGGUGAGCGCAGAAACCAGGGUGUCUGCUGCCCUGAUCUGUGCUGGGGAACCCGCACUGUUUGCUGGGCACUGGAGGACCCUUUAGGGCUGUGGAACUGAGUCUGUGCCUGCUGCUGUGACCUGCACAGCCUGACGGGCACAUCCCAGCCACAGAUGCUCUUUGCCAUCGCUUUACACCUCUGUGCUUGUGCAAACCCUGUUCUGCCUUCAUUUCAUUGAGCUGCAAUCUGGCAUUGCAGAGUCUUUUUUGCAUGUUUGCCUCCAAAUAACACAAAGGGCUCAGCUUCACCAGCAUGCUGUUGGGUACUGACCUUAAAAAUAGAGAUAGCAAAAACAGAAAGCGAGGGGCUCAGCAGAGGAUUGCGUUUAGCACGGGGGUUGUGCACCCCAUUUGCUUAAAGCUCUCAUUUCUAUUGCCCCAGCCGUGGGGCUCCCCUGCAGAGGCACAGUCCACACGCUGCACAGUCGUGUCGGCUACCGGCCCCCCCCCCCAGAGCCCCCUCCUCAGAGCUGUGCAGGGGGGUCAGCCCCCCAGCACCCUUGAGGCUGUGUGCCUCUGGAGUGCAGGAGGUUGUGACCGUGAUCAAAGUCCUUGGCGCAGGUCUGGGCUCAGCCCUCACAGAUGGGUUUCUGGGCCAGGGAGGCAAAGGUGAGGGUCGCGCUGGGAGCUGCAGGCCGGCGCGUUCCUUGUGAGGCAAACAGGGCUGCCUGGCACAGGGCCGGCACCGCUGUCUUGUGUCAGAGGCUGGGAACCAGCACAGUGCCCAGGGUAAACAAUUCCUGCAAAAUUCCCGUCCUGAGGUGCAGUGUGGUGCAGUGUGUGUGCCCCAGCUGCGCUGCUUUACACUUCUCUGUGGCCUUUCCAUCAGUGGGGACGGCUGUUUCCUGGCACCGACUGCACAGGCGGCGAGGUCCGAUGUCAGCCCUCGUCCCCAUAGCUGCUUUUGGAAUCUGUCCUGGCACUUCUGGAGCAGCACAACAGGGCUGUGGGGCCGGGAGCUGUGUUAUUAUUGGCAACUUCUAUCUCUUCUCUGGGCUGAACACCUGCAGCUCUCAACCCGUUUCCCUAGCAGAAGUGCUCCAACCUCUGAGCAUCCCCAUGCCCUCCUCUGAUCCCCUGCAGCCCCACAUCCUAGCAGGCAGGGCACAGCUCAGGCCAGGCAGGCCCCUGCAGUGUGGCUGUGGCUGUGUGCUCCCAGGCUCUGUGCCCGGUGCCUGCAGCCAUUGCACAGCCACAUAUUACAUGUUUGAGCUGUGAAACACUGCACACAUGGAGAUAAUCAUUAACUGGAGGAGCUGUUAACCUUCAGCGAGGGCUGGGCUGCCAGGGAGCACUGCCAGAGCAAAGUCUGCUUUUUAGUAAACAGUGAAAGAAUGCUGCAAAACAUUUUUGUUUCUGUGUUAUGGGUAGGCAAUUACAGGGCAUUAAUUUGUGUCUGCAACCUCUGUGCUGCAAGAACCAGAAGACAGGGAGGGGAAGUUACAGUGACACAAACUGCAUCUGGUGUGUCAGCCUGGAGCACAGAGCACGGCCUCACUGCAGGGCUGCAGCUCACACACACAAACCUUCUGCCACAAAGCACCGUAUUUAGACCUGAAUGGAGGCAGUGGCUCAGCAACAGGGGAGCAGCAAGAACUGCCUGCACUGCCAACAGCUCAGGGCAGGGCGACAACAGGCAAGCACAGCAACCUCGUGCUGCUUUGGAUCUCACAUCACGUGGGGAAUUCAGGAAGGAGGAAGAAAGGGAAGGAAAAUGCAAGCAGAAGCAGAUUCAUAGCUGUAUCUGUUCUACCUAGUGAGGAAGUGGAGCGUGCCACAAGCCCAUCAAAACAGUGCUGACUUGACCAUCAGUGGGAAACAGACAACUAAUUCAGGCCUGUAAGGACAUUAACAGUAGAAGCAGAGCAGAGGCAAGCUGGGCUGUGAUUUCCUUGGGCAGCUCAGGCCAGGGCACUGUAAGAAAGAGCACAGUGACCUCAGGGAAAGCACUGCUCCUCCCAGCACAGCCCCUGGCUGGCCACCCCACACCAGGCACCAUAACACACCAGGCACCAUAAAGCAGUGCAUGGAGACAGAUGGACUGUGGGGAGCUAAUCCUUGGGAGACUUCUUUCUAACUGAUCUGUGCUUGCACACCAUCAGCAGGACAGGCUGCAGAAGCACGGAGCUCUGCACUCACCCCCAGCUCUCAGCAGCACAUGGUUUACAUCUGCAACCCCUUUCCUAGAUGUAGCAAUCUGCCCAGGCCCUAUUGCAAAAUCAGAUCAUCUCACCCUUGGCAGCCCCACUCUGUGUCACAAGAUCCCUGGCUUUACUGGGUUUUUAAUUUUGAAAAGCAGUGUUUGCACAGCCAGUGCACAGAACCCCCUCUUACUUUUUUCACUCCAAAAGUGUUGCACCCUGGGAGAGUAUUGGUUUUUUUGUGAUACAGUAGUAAAUUUUAAAUCACCUUUACUGCAGAAUACAGCUUGUUUGACUUCUCUUUUAAGCAAACACAACUUGAGCCACGAUUCAGGCAAAGCUGGCUAUUAAUGCCAUUCACUCCCCAGCGCAAAGCACAAAACCAGAAGCAUUCAGCAGCCAGAAACACACCUCCAUUGUUCUCCCACUGAAAGGAUGCGCUUUCAUCCUGGCAGCACAGCAGCAGCACUGUGUGCAGGUGCACUCCUGCUCCUAGGGACAAAGAACCAACAGGAUGACUUAAAGCAAGCCACUGUGCGCUGAGUAAUGGGCACGGCCAAACUCAAAGAUGCUUUUGUUGUACUCUUCUCCUAUAACCAUAACUGUGUUCUGCAGUAAGAGACAAGGCUGCCGGCAUCUUCGAGUACAUUGCACUGAACAGAAGGGUUAGCAGAAUAAAUCCAUCCAACCACCAAAGUUUUGUGUGUGCGCCACAUGGACCAUACAGACAAAGAAGACAUUUUCUUUCCAGAAGCUCAUCCAACAACAUUGGACUGCCAUCAGCUCCUGGGCCCAGCCUGGGAGGUUUUGCUUAGACAUUAUUUCAGAAAACCAAGUUAACUUACUUCAGGUGUAAAGCAAAGCAGAAGGAUCAUUUCUAUGUGAGUCAUACAGGUGCCAUGAAUGUUAAAACAGAUUUGCGCCCUUCUUUAUGGUAAAAGCUGAGGAGCCAUGCUGUGAUGGAAUUUGCAUAUAUAAAAAAAAUGACAGCAUGCAAACUCCAUUCUGAAUGAAGGACUAGCUGCUGUCAGUGCACAGAAAUGAGUGAGGCAGAACCUCAGACUAGCUCAGCCUUUACUAGUGAAGGCUCAGUCAUAUGGCUCAGCAGAGCUUCAUCACGGCCAGGAAACCACAUGGUGCAGCACCAGCUGACUGCAGCCACUGGCUGUGCUCAGGUCCUCAACGCUGCACCAGCUGGGACAGCCAAGGAGAGGUGGAGAAAGGGACGAAAAUGGAAGGAGCCUCAUGUGGACAGAGCUGUCUCACCAGGGCCCUACUUAGAGGUUAAGCUGAGCUCCAGCUGUGACCUCCUUCCCUUGUCAGCCAACCACAAUUGGCAAUGAGACCCACGCAUGUCACACCGCAGUGCUACAUGCUUAAAACUACAGCAACUGCAUGGAGAGCCCUCAACCAGAACAGGUAUUCACUUACCUACAUUUAGGAGACAAAAAGAUCUUCUUAUGGAAGAUUCCCAACUCCUAGACAAGGCAUCUGCCCACUGCUAUCCAUCUCAAGAUGUUUUCCAGCUGGCAAGAGACACAACUGGAGUUCACAGUUCCAGAAUUCUUCCUGCAAUCUAAUGGCUGUCAGGCAGUUUUCCUCACGAUGGAAAUAGCAUGUUUGAUCUCUCAUUGGAGCAUCCCCUUUCACUUUUGUGAGGCAAAGCAGUGGAUUACUGCAGAGUCACUGAAUAAGCCCACACUGAAUUACUUCAUUCCCCACCUCAGUCUACAGGGCUCACACUUAUGCAGUCUUGCCAGCGCUCAGUAAUCGCUGCACGCUCAGCUAACCAAAUAAAAACCUGACUCCCCCUCCCCAUCCCACACCUCGUGGCUAACAAGUUCUGACUUCAUUGAAAGGAUCCAAAUUCAAACCACCGUUUUGUAUUUACAUUCUACAGACUCUACUGAUUGACCACCCUAAAAUAAUCCAUGGAUCACAGCCGCACCAUUCGGCUUGCCUUGGAGUUAGCAGAACUCCCAGGAACAUUUCAUUAACACUUCAGCUUCUCUCUCACACACUCACACACACACAGGACUCAUGCAAGCAGGCAAGUCUCAUGCAAAGCAUUUCCUUUGAAGUCAUUUCUACUUAGCUGAUCUAAAGCAAUUAAGGACAAUCCUACACCUGCAUUAUACAGGAAAGUAACCAAAUCACUGCAAUAGCCCCUUGCUACAAUAUUGAGAAGUUUUUAAAAUUAGUCUUUCAAAUUAAUAAAGACAACUGUGAAGAUAAAUAUGACCAUCUGAUUAAUCUUUAGAAGAAAACAUUGCCUUACAUAGCCUUACCAUUCACUAAACCCCAUGAGCGCCGCAGACUGGACUUAAUGGGAUACACAAGGUGGGGAGAAGAGUGAUCACUGGGAUACACUGUGGGGAUAGGCAGAGAAUUUCAGAGCACGCUGUCCUUGCGGAAUCUGUUUCAAAGCACGUGGAGGACAGGAAGGUAACCAGGAAUCAUCCACACUGCCUUAAGGAAGGACCACACCUGACCAGCCUCUGCUGCGGCGAUGAACCGAAUGCCUCGGUGGAGUGGCUGAUGCAAUACACUUCACUUUUAGUGAGGCUGUUGAUACUGCUUUCCAUAGCAUUCCACAGAAUGUUACAGCUGGGUAAGUGGACUGCUGGACUGAGAACUGAGGAGGCUUCCAAGCUCUAUCAGUAGUAAUCGAUAGCUCGAUGUCCAACACGCAGCUGGUGACGAGCACAGCACCUUCAAGAUCAAUACAGAGGCUGUUUAAAAUCCCCAUUAAUGACCAGUCAACACAUCCUACUUAUCUACUCAAAAGUGGGUGGGUCUUCCACAAACACAUGAGAAAACUGUUUAUGCAAUUACAGGAACUGGAGAAGUUCCUCCCAGCCAAAGCAGAGAGGAACAGACCGAAUGCCUGUGCUCAGAGUUCCGCUCUGCUCUCCAGGUGACCAAGGUAACCAAACAGAAAGCACAGCCACCCUUCCUCCAGCUUCUGACAGUUGCUGUUGGAGCGUGCAGGCUGAUUCUCCCUUUAAAAGCACUUUGUUUUCAUGAGGUUCAUGGAUUAGCUUUAACCAUGCUGGAGCUCUCAAGUAGGAAAGCAUCUCAACUCUGUUUUGGAAAGAUUAGCAAAAGGAAAAAAUCCACACAUUUAGUGACAGUCUUACAAGUAUGUACUUAGUCAGGUUCAACCCAUGCCCAGAAGUUUUUUGAGCAACUAAGAGCACUGGCUUUCCUCUCUGCCAUUAUCAGAGAAAAAAAAACACAAGAACCUAAACCAAAAUAAGAGCACAAAAAACAGCGAGCAACUCAACAAAACAAUUGAAAGCUUUUAUUGUGAUACCUCAAGAUACAAUAUAGUGAAACAACAAAUGAUGUACAGUAUUGCUAGGACAAAACAGCAACACAGCCAUGUCACCUGUAAAAGAAAGCAUUGUAAGGAGUUUGAGGAACAGUGAGGCACAACUCAGCGCCGCCUGAUGACUCAUGCUUUAGGGCUGAAACCAUUUCUAACAGUCCUUUUA